AUGGUCAGCUUAGUUCCGAGCAAGAUUGCCAAAUCGUUGGAAGAGCAGGCCAUGGGCCACCAGGAGCAGAGGCGUCAGCAGCUAGCUGCUAUAAAGCGAGCAGACAAUGCAACAGAUGACGAGGCGGCCCGAGAUGCAGUUGCGCGGGUCCAGGCGCCCAGACUGAAGGCCAUUAUGCGUGGCAGCUGCGCGGUGCUGAAGUCAAUCUACACGAUGCGUAGACAGAAGAGCCUUGUCUCAAUAUCCCCUACGCUUUGCAUGUAA